GAUUGUUCAAGUGUUUACCCCGCAAGCUGUUGUUAUUUCAAAUGAACUACUUGAGAAUGUGAAAAAAUCGGUGCCAUAUAGGCCUUUUUAUGCUCCUGAAGAUCAGCUUCGAAAGUUCCUUUCUUCUGGUCACAAGAACUAUCUUGCUGAGCUUAGGGCGACAUUUGGUCCUAGCCCAGCGUGCGUGCUUGCAAAGAGCGAUGAAGCUUAUUUUGAGGCCAUGAAUAUUUUGAAGCAGGCACCACCUUCUGCUGAUACGGCCGGUGAUCUUUCUUACCCACAAAAACAAAAUGAGAUUUGCCGCAAAUUGGCCCGCCAGCUUUUAUACCGAACAAAGGUCAAUACAGCUGUUGCAUUGACUCAGCUGGACCACCUUAAUGAGGCAGUAGAAAUUUUGGAUAAGGUUAUUGCUGCAAAUGAAUUUGUUUACAUGUGGCGUGCAUUUCUUGCAAGGGGGGAAGCAAAAAAAAGGUUGGGAUUUAUUAGUAAAUCUGACAAGGAUUUUCGUCAGUUAUCCGAGCAAAAGAAAACUUUCCGCCGGAAAAUGUAA